AUGUCAAACUCCCCGCCGCUGAUUGUUAGCGCCACCGUCCGUUCCUUCAAAACGGCCGUUCAGCUAGCCCAGUCCGUACACCCCCGGUUCGUGUUCCGCCGCGAAACGGACAACCCGCGCAUGAUCUGGAAAGCGAGCAUCGACCUGAGCCGCCCCGCGGUUCCGUCUCAGGGCAACUUAGACGCGUAUGACGGAUACGUGACAUAUCUUAUCGUCCAGGCGGUGGCGGGGAACCGGGACGUGCUCUCGGGGGAAAUCGCCGACAUGCGCAAGAUGGUGGAGAAACGGUACCAGAGUUACCACAGCGACGACCCCCUCGACUUGGGCGAGGCCCUGUGGCUGGCCCAUUGGAGCGGCGACCGCGAAGCCUGGUCGCGCACCAUCAGCAGUCGCUCCGUGCAGACGCUCGAGCAGCUCUGGCAGCUAGGCUACUUCCGGCAGCCGGCGCCGCUGCGGCUCGCGUUCCGGGAGUUCGGGGCGACCAUCGGAGUGCAGGUUAACCCCGCGGCGCCGCGGGAGGUGUGGGAGCCCCGGGUCGCCGAGCUGCACGCGUUCUGGUUGGAGCGUCUUUACACCAGGGACAGGGACAUCACGCCGGUUAUGUUUUGCACCAGCCUGAACCCGGGUGUCUUCCGCAAGGGGUAUAUUGUGGACUUACAGCAGAUGUCAUAG